AAAGAAAUAGUAAAGAUAUUGUUAGACAGAGGUGCAGACUGUAAUAAAUGUGACAGUGAAAACACAUCACCUGUAAUGAGAGCUUGUAGACAUGGUUAUGUUGAAAUAGUAAAUAUGUUGCUAGAUAGAGGAGCAGACUGUAAUAAAUGUACCAGGCAUGAUCAGUCACCUAUAAUGAAGGCUUGUAAACAUGGUCAUACAGAAAUAGUUAAGAUGUUGAUAGACAAAGGAGCAGACUGUAAUAAAUGUGACGAUUACUAUCAUCAGUCUCCUUUAAUGAAGGCUAGUGAACAAGGUCAUUCUGAAAUGGUAAAGAUGUUGUUAGACAAAGAAGCAGACUGUAAUAAAUGUGACCUGUGGGGUCUGUCACCUGUAAUGAUGGCUUGUGCACGAGGUCAUAAAGAAAUAGUAAAGAUAUUGUUAGACAGAGGUGCAGACUGUAAUACAUGUAACAGGGAUGGUCAACCACCUAUAAUGAAGGCUUGUAAACAAGGUCAUAUAGAAAUAGUAAAGAUGUUGCUAGACAGAGGAGCAGACUGUAAUAAAUAUGACGAUGACCAUCAGUCACCUAUCAUGAUGGCUUGUGAACAAGGUCAUACGGAAAUAGUUAGUAUGUUAUUAGACCACGGAGCAGACUGUCAUAAAUCAGACAGUGACGAUCAAACACUUAUUAUGACGGCUUUGGAGCAUGAUCAUACAGAUAUAGUAAAGAUGUUGUUAGACAGAGGAGCAGACUCCAACAAAUUUGACACGUGGGGUCAGUCAUCUUUACAGAUGGUUUGUGGAAAUGGUCAAACAGAAAUUGUACAGGUAUUGAUAGACAGAGGAGUAGACUAUAAUAGAUGUGACGAGAAUGGGAAGUCACCUCUAUUUACAGCUUGUGAAGCUGGUCGUACACAAAUAGUAAAGAUAUUGUUAGAUAGAGGAGUUUACUAUAAUAAAUGUAACAAGCUGGAUCAGUCACCUGUGAUGAUGGCUUUGAAAUAUGGAUAUACAGAAAUAGUAAAGAUGUUAGGAGCAGACUAUAAAAAAAUUGACAAGUGGGAUGAUUCACCUGUAAUGAUGGCUUGUGAACACGGUUAUAAAAAUAUAAUAAAGAUGUUGCUAGACAAAGGAGCAGACUGUAAUAAAUGUGAUAGUGAUGAUCAGUCACCUGUAGUAAUGGCUUGUGAACAUGGUCAUACAGAAAUAGUGAAGAUUUUGUUAGACAGAGGCGCAGACUGUAAUAAAUGUGACAAGUGGAGUAACUCACCUAUACUAAUGGCUUGUAAACAUGGUCAUACUGAAAUAGUGAAGAUUUUGUUAAACAGAGGAGCAGACUGUAAUAAAUAUAACAUAGAUGAUCAGUCACCUGUAAUAAUGGCUUGUGAACACGGUCAUACAGAAAUAGUAAAGAUAUUGUUAGAUAGAGGAGCAGACUGUAAUAAAUGUGACAAGUGGAGUAACUCACCUAUACUAAAGGCUUGUGAACAUGGUCAUACGGAAAUAGUGAAGAUUUUGUUAGGUAGAGAAGCAGACUAUAAUAAAUGUAACAUGGAUGAUCAGUCACCUUUACUAGUGGCUGGUGAAAAUGGUCAUACAAAAAUAGCUUGUAAACAUGGUAAUACAGAAAUAGUAAAGAUGUUGUUAGAAAAAGGAGCAGACUGUAAUAAAUGUGACAUUGAUGAGCGGUCACCCAUACUGAUGGCUUGUCAAAAAGGUCAUUCAGAAAUAGUAAAUAUGUUGUUGGACAGAGGAGCAGACUAUAAAAAAAUUGACAAGUGGGAUGAUUCACCUGUAAUGAUGGCUUGUGAACACGGUUAUAAAGAUAUAAUAAAGAUGUUGCUAGACAAAGGAGCAGACUGUAAUAAAUGUGAUAGUGAUGAUCAGUCACCUGUAGUAAUGGCUUGUGAACAUGGUCAUACAGAAAUAGUGAAGAUUUUGUUAGACAGAGGCGCAGACUGUAAUAAAUGUGACAAGUGGAGUAACUCACCUAUACUAAUGGCUUGUGAACAUGGUCAUACUGAAAUAGUGAAGAUUUUGUUAAACAGAGGAGCAGACUGUAAUAAAUAUAACAUAGAUGAUCAGUCACCUGUAAUAAUGGCUUGUGAACACGGUCAUACAGAAAUAGUAAAGAUAUUGUUAGAUAGAGGAGCAGACUGUAAUAAAUGUGACAAGUGGAGUAACUCACCUAUACUAAAGGCUUGUGAACAUGGUCAUACGGAAAUAGUGAAGAUUUUGUUAGGUAGAGAAGCAGACUAUAAUAAAUGUAACAUGGAUGAUCAGUCACCUUUACUAAUGGCUGGUGAAAAUGGUCAUACAAAAAUAGUAAAUAUUUUGUUAGACAGAGGAGCAGACUGUAAUAAAUGUGACAAGUUGUGUAAGUCACCUUUGCUAAUGGCUUGUGAACAUGGUCAUACGGAAAUAGUGAAGAUGUUGUUAGAGAGAGAAGCAGACUGUAAUAAAUUGUACUAA